AUGAAUCUAGUCCCGCAUAAAGACACCAUCACGUUGCAAGAAUCUACGUUGGAGAUAAACAAGCUAUUCCCGCAGUCAGCAGGAUGCAUCUGCGCAUACCCCAAGAGUGGCAUCUUGCAUCUGCCAGAUUGCCACGCAGCAUGGCCCUACAAAUCCUUCGCACCUACACCCAUGUCGCCCAUUGACAAGGUCCAGAACUAUGCCGGCGACAUCAAAGGCAAAGUCAUUUUCACCACCGGCGUCUCCCCGGGCUCACUAGGCAGCCACUUCGCACAGUCCAUCGCAGCCGCCGGACCGAGAUGCCUCAACCUCGCCGGUCGCAACAGGAGCAAAAUCCAGCAGGCAGCUGACGAGAUCAAGGCUUCUCACCCAAGCGUCGAGACCCACCUCGAGAUCGAUCUAGCCGCCUUGGAUAGCUUCCGGCGAGCAGCGUCGCAAAUCCACUCGCCAUUCCUUCUGGCGUACUUGAUUAUGGGGAAGGUGCUAAGUGCUGGCGGCGAAGAGUCCGAGGAUUUUCAGUCUGCACCAUGGGGUGACCUUCACGAAUCUUGCCAACCACCUUACCUUCUCGAAGAUCUGGACGGGAGCUUCGAGGAGCUCGGAAUGACAGCUGCUCACGACCGCGCGAGGGGUGACCCAGAAGGCUGGAAGGGGCUGGACCCGAAACCAUUGGAGACAGGCGUCUCGGCCCAUGUCUAUGCAGCUCUUGAUCUUGAUCUUGCUGGCCCGUGGGUCGACCCUGUCAAGCCAUGGGCUACGAGUGCGCUUGAAGCAGAGCGAUUAUGGAAGCUGAGCGAGGAAUUAGUUGGCGAGAAGUUCACAUACUAG